ACAUAAUAGAUUAUAAAAACUGGAUUAUAUAAUCUGGGUGGUUCCAAACAGGGCCUAAGAGGGACCGUGCUAAAAUUUGCCAAAAAAGAAUAUUUGCCUCUGGGGCACUUAAUUUCUCGUCCUGGUCUCUGUUUUGAGUAGACCCUGCACGUCUUACUUGGGCAAUCAUUUUCCUUCCCCAAUUGAGCACGGCAAAAGGAUUCGAGUGAAGGAAGCAAGAAAAGUCUGCACCAUAAACACCAUUUUCCAACACGGUGAAGAGGAAAGACAUAUAACUCUGCACCGAAUGCACGGUUAUCUAUCAUCUUCCUCCCCUGAAUACCAGAGGAGAAUUGCUUUGCAGUACAGAGCACACAGAUGCUAGCACCCUGAAGCACUCAUUGCAAGCAACAAAACGCUGUAGUUCCUGACCACAACUCCAAUGCCCAUCCGACGAAUUAAGGGAAACAGGGCAGCAUCAACAUUGACAUCAGUCCUCUCUUCGCAGAUGGGUCAUAUUGUGAUGGCCAUGACUGUAACGUGAAGCUAAUCACGAGAGAGAAAGUCGGACAGCCGUGUGCAUCCUCGUUGUCUCGACUCAGCACAAGAAAACAACCUUUCCUCAUCUUAGCUUUGUAACACCUCGGUUCCUUACCCUGAAUUUCUUCCAUUCAACGCAGUUAACUUGUUCUGCAGCAAGCGAAUGCUGUUAUACAGAGUGCUUUACUGAAUCAGAGAAUCACUUUAAAGCAAAAGCGUCUCAUCGCCAUUUACUGUCCACUGGCUUGACUUAUCUUUUAUAUAUAUUCAGUACUUUACUGAACGAAGCCAAGGCCAUUCUGCCUCUUCGGGCUGAGCAAUUCAAGUGCCCUAUGUCAUAUAGUAGAAACAGUUAUACAGGCGAGCUUACAAAAUCAAAUGCCAGAAUGCCGAAAGGAUCACGGGUUCAGUAGCGAUAGGAUAUUCGUGUGGUACCUUCAAACGAUAUGAUGUACUCCCUCUGUACCGAAAUACUUGUAGUUGGCGGAACUUGUACUAGUUUCCCCCAGCUACAAGUAUUUCGUUACAGAGGUAGUAGUUGUUGGACUGGCUUAACUGACGUAGUGACGGACAAUCAUUACCAGCAUACCAAGAUCCACCAGCUUUGAAAGAGACAGAAUGUGAAAAUCAGUCCAUGGCUUCAAGUUCCUUGCAAGCAUCUGAAGCCAUAGCCACAGCUUUUCAUGGACUUUGACUUGACCCAUUCAAAGUCAACUUCUCCAGUGCUGGAAAGAAUAUAUCAAACAAGAUUUGUGUGGACAGGUCUCUGGAGCACUAAAUUUCUCUUUCAGGUCUCUGUUUUGAGCAGACACCGCACGUCAUACUUGGGCAAUAAUUUUCCUUCCCCGAGGGUCACGGCAAAAGGAUUUGACUGAAGGAAGCAAGAAAAGUCUGCACCAGGAACACCAUUUUCCAACGCGGUGCAGAGGAAAGACCUAUAACUCUGCACAGAGUGCACAGUUAUCUAUCAUCUUUCUUCCGGGAAAACCAGAGGAGUAUUGUUUUGCAGUACAGAGCGCUGCUUGCCAGAAACCCACAGAUGCUAGCACCCUUAAGCAAUCAUCCUACCUGCAUAAAUAGAUCGAUCGAUCGUGAUGAAGAUACUCGGGGAGCAAGGUAAUCCUUGUGCCACAGCGCUGUAUAUAUUUCUCGGGCAGUUGCUCCUUCUCUGCUUGUGUACAUUAUUCUGCACCGGUUUCUCCCAACCAAACCCUACCAAAUGCCCCGGCAGCUCCGUCGACAUCUCAUCCCCUUUCAACAUCCUUGUCAACUCAAGCAUCUCGAGGAACCCAGGCUUCGACAUAUCAUGUGAAUCAACAGGGCCCAUGCUAUCACUCGGUGGCAAGCAGUACAGGGUCCUGGGCAUCUCGGUGCCCCAGGGCUAUGUACGUGUAACCGGCGACACCGUCUACAACCAGUGCCAGCAGAACGCCGGCCCGGUGACCAGAAAGUUCAUUGACCUUCAGGGCACGCCUUUCACCUUUUCCCACACACUAAACAAGUUCACCGUCGUUGGCUGUGACUCCAUGGCCAUGAUACGAAGCCCGGACGUAACGAGUCGUCCCAGCUACAGGGGAGGCUGCGUGUCGUUCUGUGCUUCUGAGGGAAGCAUCACCAGUGGCACAUGCUCUGGGGUGGGCUGCUGCCAAGCUUCGGUGCCCGAGGAACUCAAGGUACUGAACUUAGAGUUUACCAGCAUACGGAGCCAACUCCUGCAAUCCUCCGGGUCUUUGGAAAACAUCAGUAAAAGCAAUAGCACGUGGUGCGGCAAGGCAUUCAUCGUGGACCAAGGUUCCUACGUGUUCUCCAAGGAUCACUUGCAUAGAAACCUGACGAACCUGCCCAUGGUGCUCGACUGGUCUAUAUCCCGCGGCAACUGCUUGGAGGCGCGCCACGCCCCUCAGACCUACAUGUGCAAGGAGAACACCGAAUGUUAUACCAUGGCAAGUAACACUGCGUACCGCUGCAACUGUUCUGAAGGUUUCACUGGGAACCCUUAUCUGGGAUGCCAAGAUAUUGAUGAAUGCAAAGACAAAAAUAAGUACCCCUGCAUACACAAGUGCAUCAACAGAAUUGGUGGUUUUAACUGUACAUGCCCGAUGGGCAUGACGGGGGAUGGUAAGAAGCACGGCACUGGGUGCAAUAGAGAUACAACACUAGUGAUUGCCGCAGGUGGAGGCCUGCCUUUGCUGCUUGUUCUCCUCAUGCUCGGAUUCUGGACCCACUGGCUUGUUACGAAGAGAAAGCUUGCGAAGAUAAGACAGAAAUACUUUCUGCAGAAUGGGGGCAUGCUCCUGAAGCAGCAGAUGUUUUCUCGGAGGGCGCCGUUGAGGAUAUUCACGUCUAGCGAGCUUGAAAAGGCAACCAACAGAUUCAGUGAUGACAACAUAGCUGGCCGAGGUGGAUUUGGGACGGUCUACAAAGGCAUUCUAUCUGAUCAAAUGGUUGUGGCGAUCAAGAAGGCGCAGCGGGUUGAUCAGAGCCAGGUGGAGCAAUUUGUUAAUGAGAUGGUCAUCCUCUCACAAGUCAACCACAAGAAUGUGGUCCAGCUAGUUGGCUGUUGUCUCGAGUCAGAAGUUCCAUUGUUGGUUUAUGAAUUCAUCACCAACGGGGCCCUUUUUCACCAUCUUCACAACACAUCAGCCCUGAUGCCGUGGAAGGAACGCCUAAGGAUUGCAAUGGAAACGGCAACAGCACUAGCAUACUUGCACAUGGCAUCAGAAAUGCCAAUUAUUCACAGAGAUGUCAAGUCGUCCAACAUACUCCUUGACGAGAGCUUCACCGCGAAGGUUUCCGAUUUUGGUGCUUCAAGGCCAAUGGCCCAUAAUCAGACCCACGUGACAACCUUAGUGCAGGGGACACUAGGGUACAUGGAUCCUGAGUACUUCCAGACAAGCCAACUGACAGAAAGAAGUGACGUCUACAGCUUUGGUGUAGUACUUAUCGAGCUAUUGACGCGGCAGAAACCAAUAUUUGGCGGUAAGAUGGACGAGGUGAGAAGCCUAGCGUUGCAUUUCAGUAUAUUAUUCCAUGAGAACCGGUUGUCGGAAAUCGUAGAUCGUCUGGUAUACGAGGAAGCUGGAGCUAGGCAUGUUAAAACUGUUGCGCAGCUGGCCUUGCGAUGCUUAAGGGUGAAAGGUGAAGAGAGGCCAAGGAUGGUAGAGGUUGCAGUGGAAGUUGAAGCUCUGCGAAGACUAAUGAAACAACACUGCAUAGUCAAUUCCGAAGAGUGAACAA